AUCGCUUUGACUAUAUGUAAUACAGUUGUGGUAACUGCACCAAAUCAGCCCCGACAGAAGGUUAGAGAUCGAUUUGAACUAAAAUCUCCAGUAAAAACCAUAGAAGACUUCAUACGAAGAUUCACUCCAAGUCGCUUGACCUCUGGAUCUAACAGCAGCAGUUCAUCUAGUCUAGCUACAAGCAAAUCAAUGCACAGAUUUGGCUUAAGUGUGCUUUCAUCUACAUCUACAGAUAGCACUUUAUUAAAACUGGAAGAGAAGCUGACAUACUCUGCGCAGAUGAAUAACAAUGGCUACAGCACCCAGCAAGGCCGAACAGCUGUGGGGAGUGGACCUGGGGAAGGCGAACUCCGUUAUGAAGCGGAGAGUCCAGAUGAAGCUGCUCUCGUCUAUGCAGCAAGGGCAUAUAACUGUUCUCUGGUUGGAAGGCUGUCUGACCAGGUAUCAGUGGAGCUACCUCACCUGGGAACAUUAAGCUUUGAAGUAUUACAUACAUUGGGCUUUGAUUCUGUCAGGAAGAGGAUGUCGGUAGUCGUCAGACAUCCUCUCACAGAUGAAAUAAAUGUUUACACUAAAGGAGCAGAUUCAGUUAUUAUGGAUCUUCUUCUACCCUGCUCUUCAGAUGACCCUCGGGGCAAACAUCAAAAAAAAAUCCAAAGCAAAACCCAGAAUUACCUUAAUCUGUAUGCUGUAGAUGGGCUGCGGACCCUCUGUAUUGCAAAAAGAGUACUCAGCAAGGAAGAGUAUGCCUGUUGGUUAAAAAGUCAUUUAGAGGCAGAAUCCUCUAUUGAAAAUCGUGAAGAACUUCUGUUUCAGUCAGCACUGCGGAUAGAGAAGAAUCUGCAUCUGCUAGGUGCAACUGGCAUUGAAGACCGUUUGCAGGAUGGUGUUCCAGAAACCAUUGCAAACCUGCGCAAAGCUGGGUUGCAGAUUUGGGUUCUUACUGGAGACAAGCAAGAAACAGCUGUUAAUAUUGCAUAUGCCUGCAAGCUACUAGAUCAUGAUGAAGAAAUCAUCACUUUGAAUGCUGAAUCACCAGAGACAUGUGCUGUCUUGCUGGAACAGUGUCUGCAAUGUGUAGAGUCUAAAUUUUCAAACACCACAAUAGACGAAGCUGCUGGAAACAUGAUUGUUGGGUUCACCCCUCUCUAUCCACCCUCCUCCCCUGUGCUUUCCAGCUUGGGCCUAGUGAUUGAUGGAAGGACUCUAGCUUAUGCCCUGGAACCUACACUAGAAGAUAAAUUUCUUGCACUAGCAAAGCGAUGCCGUUCAGUACUGUGUUGUCGUUCUACCCCACUCCAAAAGAGCAUGGUAGUGAAACUAGUCAGAGACAAACUCAAAGCAAUGACCUUGGCAAUAGGUGAUGGUGCUAAUGAUGUCAGCAUGAUCCAAGUGGCAGAUGUUGGUGUGGGGAUCUCUGGUCAAGAAGGCAUGCAGGCGGUGAUGGCAAGUGACUUUGCAAUCCCAAGGUUCCGGCAUUUGGAGAAGCUUUUGCUUGUUCAUGGCCACUGGUGUUAUUCCCGACUCGCCAACAUGGUGCUGUAUUUCUUCUACAAAAAUGCAAUGUUUGUGGCCCUUCUCUUCUGGUACCAGUUUUACUGCGGGUUCUCUGGCUCAUCGAUGGUUGAUCAGUGGUAUCUCAUCUUCUUUAAUUUACUCUUCUCUUCUCUUCCACAACUGAUUACUGGUGUGCUGGAUAAGGACGUGCCAGCUGAAGUGCUAAUUACUGUACCUCAGCUUUAUAAAAGCGGACAGAAUAUGGAGGAGUACCAACCACACAUGUUUUGGAUGAACAUGAUUGAUGCUAUGUAUCAAAGCCUGGUUUGCUUCUUCAUCCCCUAUUUCACUUACUAUGAUUCGGAUGUGGAUAUCUUCUCCUGGGGAACUCCCAUCACCACAAUAGCUCUUUUCACCAUCAUGCUACAUUUGGCUAUUGAAACCAAAACUUGGACUUUUCUCCACUGGUCAUCUUGCAUCUUCAGUAUCCUUUUAUUUUUCUUUGUGGCUCUGGUUUAUAAUGCUUCCUGCCCAGUAUGCCAUCCUCCAUCCAAUCCCUACUGGACUAUGGAAAGGCUGAUGGGAGACCCUAUGUUCUAUUUCACUUGCAUUAUAUCACCAGUCGUUGCAUUGCUGCCCAGAUUUCUGUACAGAACCCUUCAGGGAACACUAUUCCCAACCCAGCUGCAGCUUGGACGCCAGUUGAGUAAACUAUCCCCACAGAGUCGCACCCAGCUUCUGACCAAGUUGAAUGUAAAGGAAACAAUACGUCAGACACAAUCCUUUGCAGACAGCUUCUCACCAAGCCUUGGCUCAAAUGCUAGUGAUUGCUAUAAGGCUUGUAACCAAAGCACACCUUUGCCAACAUCUCCUCAGACAAGUGAGUCACUUUUCCAAGAGCACCCAAAGGCAGAACAUACAACGGAUCAGACAGUGGCUGCCUCUCCUGAGGGUGCUGUGCUGUAUGGGGAAAACAAACUCCCCUCAUCAGCAAGUAGUCUGGAAAGGUCCACAGGAUUUCAUGAAGUCAGACACGGCACUUCAGAGAUGGAGUCGUUGCCUGUGGGAGCAACAUUCACAUGGAGCUCAGCAGUCGACCAAGCAGACUUCAGUUUGUUGAAGUGGAUCACAUCAACUCCGCUGUUCAGUCGCAUUGGGACUGUUUUACAGGUGUCAUCCAGCAGUUUACAAAAUGAAACACAGGACAGUAUGUGUGUGCUUGGCUCUUCUUUGCAUGUGGACUUCAAAGGCUUAAAAGAACAGAGCUCAAAUAACUUGCAGGACAAAAUGAAAGGGACCCCAGCUGAUUAUUGUAAAAAUGACAAUUCUGAGACCACCUUUUUAUGACAUGGGCUUUAAAUAUAUUUAUAUAUUUUCUAUUUGCACACAUUUAUAGUGAGAUUACUCUAUUUGUUUCCAAAGAUGAAACAGAAAAUCAAAGGUACAGAAUGAUUAUUUAAGAAUGUUUAAAUACAGUAUAUUGAAAUAAGAGCUUUAAAUAUAAAAAGAAACACUUGAAAUUUCCAUGUAUAUUGUUUUAUUUUUUCAUCUCAUUUUGUAAGGAAAUGCUGUCUCUUUGUUUUUCAGAUGCUUCUCUUUUAUUCUGACACAUACUGUAAAAGUAAAGGACCUAUGCCAUAUUCAAAAGGAUUAGAUUCAGCAACAAUUAUUGAUAUCAUUCUGGCCAUUCAGUAAUCAAGGAGGAAGAACCAUGAUAAUAAAUAGGCACUGUAUUCCAUCCAUCAUCUGCUUGCCAGGGUGUUUUGUCACUGGAGCAAACCAUUAGGCAAGACUAUCGAAUUAUUAUACACGUCUCUGUAAAUGUUAACAGUAUCUUACCACCGCAUUAAUAAUACUGGUAUUUUAUAAGUGACACCAUAUUUUGAUGUUGCAGCCUUAGCAUUUUAUGUGUCAUGAUAAAAUAAAUAAAUGACCAUCCAUAUUGCAAA